CGACCAUCACCAAGUCAUUAUCUAUUUGAGCGGUAAGAUCUAAUACACGGCCUAAUCAAGCUAUGCGUAGAUGUACAGAUAUGGACUGCAAGCUUUGUUAUUGCCGAUACAAGUGUUUCAAAACACAUGUACCACAGUCACUAUGAAAGUGCCAUCAUUGCCGACCUACUAGCCAGCAGAUCGGUCACAAGCCGCUAACCAUGCUUGAUGCACGCAGCUCAUGAGGCUCCUGCCUGUACUCGGGUGCGAACUUGUCAUUUUACAGUUUAUCGUCACACGUUGCCUGUACCUCUGGAGAAUAUAUCACAUCAACAUCACGAGAGUUGGUGGCCAAUGGCCCGAAAACAUUACGCCUGAUUUCAGUAACUUCAAAGGACCCGAGGUAUUAAUUCAGCGGCACCUGAUGCAUGCGUACUAUGAGAUUGACCACUCGUGGCAGAAGCCUGGGAUACGGCUCCGCGAAAUCCGAGUUUUUGCUGAAUAGAGCGUUCACCUUUGUGCCAACAGUUGAGGGAAGUCAUUGUGAGGUAUGGAUAUGCACUGAUGAUGGUUAGGAGAAGAUGAGAAGAUGUCACUCCACCACAUGACCCGGCCCGGCUGCUCACAGUGUCAUGUGACAGAUGGUGAAUAUUAAUGAAGCUUAAUCGAG